AUGAAUAUUCAAAACGACAAAGAAAGACUCUUAAAUGGGAGUAUUGAUGAAAUAGAAAUUAUUACAACCGAUAACAAUGAAAAUGAUACAAUUAGAAAUGAUGAUAUUCUUAAAAAUUCUCAACUAAGAGAACAACAACAACACCAACAAAUUCAACAACAAAUUCAACAACAAAAAAAAGAAUCUAGUUUAAGUACUAUUGCAUCAGUAAUUGCAUUUUAUUUCUUUAUUUCAAUUUCAUUAGUAUUUUUAAAUAAAAUAUUAUUAUCAGAUUUUAAAUUUGAAUAUCCAUUAUUCAUAACAUGGUAUCAACAAAUCAUUUCAUUUGUAUCAAUUUAUAUAAUGACAUCAAUAAGUAAGAGUGUACCAGCAUUAUCAUUUUUACCAGAAUUUGAAUUUAAAUCAGCAACUGCAUCAAAGGUGUUACCAGUAACUGCAGUUUUAACAGGUAUGGUCAUUUUUAAUAAUCUUUGUUUAGAAUAUGUUGAAGUUUCUUUUUAUCAAGUAGCAAGAUCUUUAACAAUUUGUUUUUCACUCAUUUUAACAUAUAUUGUACUCAAAAGUAAGACAUCAUAUAGAGCAACAAUGGCAUGUUUAGUAGUAUUCCUUGGAUUUGUUUUAGGUAGUGCAGGUGAGGUUAAUUUUUCAUGGUUAGGUAUUAUCUUUGGUUUAUUAUCAAGUUUUUUCGUUGCUUUAUAUUCAAUUGCAGUUAAAAGAGUGUUACCAGCUGUUGAUGGUAAUGAAUGGAGAUUAUCAAUUUAUAAUACAGCAAUUUCAAUUGGUUUAAUCUUCCCAUUAAUUUUAGUAUCAGGUGAAGCCAAUACAAUUUUAGAUGAACCAUUAUUAUAUUCAGGUACAUUUUGGUUCUAUAUGACAGUUGCAGGUUUAAUGGGUUAUUUGAUUAGUAUCUCUGUUUUCAUGCAAAUUAAACAUACAAGUCCAUUAACAAAUACCAUUUCAGGUACUGUUAAGGCUUGUGUACAAACUAUUUUAGCAGUUGUUUUUUGGGGUAAUCCAAUUUCAACUCAAAAUGCUGUUGGUAUUUUAUUAGUAAUCGGUGGUAGUUUUUGGUAUUCAAUGCAAAGAUUCUUUGAAAUGAAAAAAUAA